AAUUAAAAGUAUUUUAAAAAAAAGAAACCCCAAUGAUUUCUUUUUUAAUCAUUGAUUUUUAUUUACCCUGGUUCCUUUUGUUUCCUCUAUCCAUCCAUGGGUCCCUCCUCACUCACUCCCUGCUCUUUUCUUUUUCUGGCCUUCUCUGUGCCCUCAUGAGGUGCCUGAUGCAGGGGCUUGGAGUACAAGUCCCUUCACACAGGCCUUUUUCUGUAGUGUACAGUGUACUUGGACAUGUUUGUUCUGUUGCUGAACUCCCUUCCUUUUCUUUCCUCCCCUCCUCACCCCAUGGUGGGGUGCAGUACUGCCAUAUGGUGCCAUAAGAGCCCCUGAAGCUAUCCCACCCUGUGCUAGAGACUUGAACUGUUGUUAAUGGGUUAGUAUCAAGAAAGACUGAAUUUUCAGGCUGUGUGUCUGAGAGAUAAAGCUACUGCAAAUAGUUCCAAAUAAUUUUCUUUGCCAAGGAUUGUAGAAGCAGCCACACCUCUUGAAAUCUAAUGCUAGCCCCCCUUAAUGCAUGCAGUUAAUCUCAGGCUUUGCUUUACAGACCUUUGCACAGGUGGGUGGAAUCUGGUGCAACUAACUUAAUGAUUCAGCAGAACAGCAAACACUUAAUUCUUCUCCUCUCAAAUGGCUUGCUCUGCAAGGAUUUUGGUGACAGCCUGGUGCUUUUUUGUCGUCAUCUCUGUUUCUGUGCCAGGGUGGCAAGGACUGGUCUAUGGGCUCCCACCUCCUUGUGAGAGCCAGAUUUACUGCACUGGGGACCUCCUGAAGCAGGUCCAGCUGGCCAGGCUCUUCUCUGAUGACAAACACUUUGUUGACAUGCCGUUGUGGGAGUCUCCAGAACUAGUUAUGAAGAAGUUUCAGCAGCUAGUGAAGACUCUAGGGGGGAUAUUGUCCAAAAAGCAGCUACAACAGUUUGUGAGCUCAUCCUUUAGUGACCCUGGACAGGAGUUUGAGCAAUGAGAACCUCAGGACUGGUCUUCCAGCCCCCAGAUUUUAGCCAAGAUUUCUGACCAGAAACUCCAGGCACGGGCAUCGGAUCUGAAUGCCAAGUGGAAAUCCCUGGGGAGCAAGAUCAAAGAUGACGUAAGGACUCACCCGAUGUUUUACUCUCAGAUUUAUGUGCCGCACUGUCUGAUAGUGCCCGGUGGCAGGUUCAUUGAAUAUUACUACUGGGAUUCCUACUGGGUGAUCGAUUAAAUGGCAGUCACAGCCAAGGGGAUGAUACAGAACUUCCUGUACCUGGUGGAAAGGUAUGGGCACAUCCCGAAUGGAGGCCAAGUCUAUUACCUGCGCCGGAGCCAGCCACCUUUCCUUACACUGAUGAUGGAUGCUUACCUGGCCCACGCCAAUGACACAGAGUUUCUCAGGUGGGGGAGCACAGUGCUGUCCUACAAGAAUGGGCUCCCUAUCUCACUUGCCAGGACUGGGGAGCAGUGGGACCUGCCCAGUGCCUGGCCUCCACUGCAGCAUAUGGUGAUUGCAGGUUUGGCCAAGUCCAGCUCCUCGACAGCCAAAGAAAUUGCCUUUGCCUUGGCCCAGGCCAGAACCAACUUUGCCUUAUAUAAGAAGUACCAGGCCAUGUUUGAGAAGUACAGUGUGGAUGGAGAUGGGAAGCCAGGGACAGGAGGAGAGUACCAAGUCCAGGAGGGAUUUGGCUGGACAAGUGGUGUAGUCCUGCAGCUCUUGGAUCUCUAUGGUGACUCUGGCUCCCCCUCAAAUCCUUUUGGGGCCUGGAUUAUUGCUGCUUGCAUCUUCCUUCUUAACCUGAAAUGACAGGGAAAGUGGUUUGGGCUCCCAGCAGCAGGGCCAGAGGAGACAAGCCCAUGUGUAUGCAACAUGCUUUUGCUCCCUGGGUCCCUUUCCCUGUCAGUGUUCCUACUGCAGCAUGCAGCCCUCAUUAUCAAAAAGUGAACCUGUUUUUGUUUGCACUUGUGCCUUUUGACUCCCAACUGCAGCUCGUACAACGCCUUUUCUAAACCGUGACGCGACCCCAGGGCCUGGGCUGUAGGCUCCCAUCAUGCCCCUGCAUCUCAGUUCAGUGUGUCUGUGCAGCACCUGGCACAGUGACUGGAGCUCCCCUAUACAUGAGGAAAACAGUAGUGCUGUAUUGCACCUGCCAGUCACCUGCUCUUCCACUGCCUGAUGGGCUUUUGCACCACUUACCGUACAGAUUCUGCACCUCAAUUCUCCCAGCCACUGUAGAACAGGAGCAACACGGCCACGGGCACAGAGAGGAAAUAUGACUAGUAGAAUAGGCUGCUACUGCUGGCAAACUCUUAAGGGGCUAUGGGACACACUGGUUUCAUUCAAAGUCAUCAGCUGCAUGACCCCAUAUGCUGAGGCCCAGCUAGAACUAGUCAGACACUUGCAUUUCCAGGUGGGAAGAAAUUCCACAAUUUUGAAAGGUGGGGUUAUUUUUAGUCAAAAUUGGAAUGGAAUGAAAGAUAUUUUAAAAAUAUAAAAAUGUAAAUAACAUGUUUAUUUUAUAAGAGGGUCAUAGUUUACUGCUAGGAGCCCAGCUCAUUUCCUACCACAGAUCCUUUUAUCCCUUCAUUCUCACCAAGUUCCCUCUGUGCCACCCUUCCACGUCCCCCUCAUUCAGAGAGAUGUGUAAAUAGUUAAACUUGUAGAGUUUGUUGAAUUAUUUCUUUUGUCUGGAUAGCCACUGAGGCUGUCACCAUUCUAAACUUCAUAGGGGUAGGGCAGAGCACUUUCAAAGGCAGGUGUCUUCCCAGCACAGUGCCUACUGAGAACCCUUUUGGCUCAAGGCCCAGCUGGCUGUGGUCAAGAGUGGGGAAGGUGGAAAUAAUCUCAAGUCUGUUACUCAAAAGGCUUUAUUGUUUGCAGUCUGUCUACAACUACUGAAAAAAGAGAGGCUGGAGUGGCUGCUACCUGCUCCCAGCCUAGGGCAGCAGAGGGAGGUACGAACUGGACAAAAGGAGAGCUAGGUCUAACAGCAGUGGCACUUUAGGAAUUCAGAUAUCUAGGGUUAAAAAAGAUAUUUAGAAAAUAAGGAUUUCAAGGUUAUAAAAGCAAGGUGGGAUUUAAAUACUCUUGUUCUUUCAAGGGAUUUUCAGCUGUGUGAAACUUAACUCUUCAUUAAGCCCUAGAGGAAGGCUGUGGAAAUUCCUAGCUCUAAGCUGGAUUUUCCUAAUGGGGGUAGGUAUAGUUAGCCACUUUAAAGGGGCACAAAGGUGGCAAGGGGCCCAAUUCUUUAGCCAGUCAGCAAAGCAGUGAGUGCUGUCACUUCCACUUCUACAGAUGGAGCAGCUUCAGGCUUGGAUAGUAUGGACCAAAUGCUACAAGGGGCUGAGCACCCUCAGCUCUCUGGGACAUUGAGGGGGCUCAGCACCUCACACCAUCUGGCCUUUAGAAGUGAAUUUAGGCUCUGACACCCCAUGACACAUGUUCAGACAGUUAACUGCAGGCUUUAAGAAUCAGGCUCUGCAUUCUUCUUACCUUGCUCUCCGGGUUUCUCCUUUGGGCGAGGCACUUUUUAAAGCUCACAGUGUCAGCAGAAUAAGCCAUUUGUUCCAUUAGACUACACCUCUGUGCCUAGUGCAUGAGAGAGAUCACAAGCCCUGGCAGACAUAAAUAUUCCCCCUAAUCCCACAACAUUUGCACACCUGGCACAGCUACUUCCAGGUUUUCACCACACCAUAACCCAUCAGAACCUUCCAACCAGGCACCUUGCCUGGGCUGAUGCACAGAUCCUCAGAGGUGGUCAAGGCACAGGAGAGCAGAGAGAUGUCUGACACAGACAGACCCCUCACUGUUACAGGCAGCUGCAGUAAAUCUGGCAGGACUGUCAUGGUGCACAUGCUGGCACCUGCAGCAGCCUUGGCACUGGUGAGAAUGGCACAGGAAAAGGUAACAAGUCAAGCAGACAGUUGAGCAAAUUGGGGUCUGGUCACAGGUGCUGGUAGGAUGCGUCAGAUGUAUCUGUGAUGCAGUUGUCAUGGUGAUGCCCAACAAUCUCCAAUUUUAAAAAGUGGCAGCAUUUAGAUAGUUUAGUUCCUUAAUCCAAAAGCUUCAGGCCUAGUUUGCACUGGUACCAGUGGGAUGGUCUUUGGCAGCUCUUCUGAUUUGUACCUUUUAGCCCAUUGAUAUGCUUCCAUUGAAGAAUGAAUAAAGUCUGUUCUGU